GAAGUGUGCCCCAGUAGCUCAAGUGUUUCUCUGCAGCCAGAGAGCUAGGAGGAAGUGCAGCUCGGGUGCUUCUCCACUCGUCUCAUCAAUGCAGCUUUCAUUUUCCCUCGGUGGGGCAAGAUGGAAGCUGUACAAAAGGACCACUGGUACUUCGUGGUACUCAUCUUUCUUCCUUUUCUUAAAGGAGAAACUGUUACAGUUCGUCUGGAGGAAGGGAUGGUUCUCGGCUGUUUGUGCCCCUGGGACGGCAACCUCAGCAUGGUGUCCUGGACCAAAAUACCAGACAAGGAUCCGGUAGCCGUUUUCCAUCCAGAGUAUGGAGUGGCCUUUUCUCACCAUUACCGGGAGAGGAUAGAGUUCCUGAGGAACAGUCACAUGGAUGGAAGUAUUUCCAUGAGGAACGUCACUCACCAGGAUAUUGGGCUUUACCACUGCUCUGUGCAGACCUUCCCCCAAGGCCCCUGGACAAGGAACAUACAUGUGGAAGAUUUAGAUGAGCCCCCUGAAGAAGAAGAAGAAGAAGAAGAAGAAGAAGAAGAAGAAGAAGAAGAAGAAGAAGAAGAUGGCACAGAGCCCCCCACCCCCGAGGUCAUCAAGACGGACACAGAGUUGGUAGCAGAGCAGAACAACAACCUGAACAUCAGCUGUAACCACAAGCACAAUGGCACCGUGAACCAGGUCAUUUUUGAGAAGAUGCCGCAUGGCCAGCCCUGGGGCAUUAUUGGAGUGUGUAAAACGGUGGAAGGGGGCCUGGUGGUCGAAGACUACAGCGACAGGGGCAGCGUCAGCUGCACAGACAGCCUGGAUGUCAGUCUGCAUCUGACAGGUGUGCUGCAGGAAGAUGGCGGUUUCUACCGCUGUACUUUCAGCACAGAUGCGGGGGUGCAGACCACCACCGUGCUGCUCGCUGUGCCCACUCCAGGUGGAUUAUCCAUGUACAUGAUGUACAUUUACAUCGGGGCUGCAGCUGCUGGGCUUGUUCUACUCAUUGUCAUCCUCAUUCUAGCAGAGAGGCACAGGAAGAAGAAAAGGAGAGAGGAGUACAGAGUCAAACUGCACCCAUCUCAGAGAGAGCCAAACUUCUAUGAGAACAUCUCUGUGUGUCCCAGGCAGAAGAAGUCCAGGCAGAUAAAACAUUGCCCGGUCUAUGUCAACCUACAGACUGUACGAUCACACAAAACCAAAUGUUAGCUUCAUGAUAAAUGAACAUACAUAAAUAUGAUGUGCUGCAUAUUGUGAAUGUGUAGUUUUUUAUCUGACAGUUGUCAGAUUGAGUUUUUUAAUGAGAUGCAGGGAUCACACUGACACUGAUUAAUAUUCAUACUGUGGUUUGAAAUGAGAUGACAAGCUGGUGCUCAUGUAAGUCUCAGGAAGCUGACAGGUUUGUUUGAGUCAAGCCCUGCUCCCACUAAUUAAAUGUACUUUGUACUUCAUAAUUACUGUUGAGGAAAUAUUUGUUUUGGGCAAAACAAUAUUUGACAGUAACCGUCAUGCAAGAAGAACAGACAAAGGCCUGUAUAAUCAUUCUUUUCACUUCUCUAACCCCCGAGUAAAACGAUUGACAAAAGCCUGUGUAAUUGCUCUCCUUUUACUUUCAUCCCUCCUGGUUUCCAUUCAAAGCUUGACAAUGGUGUCUAAUCAUCUAAUGGUAAAGAAAAGCAGUCACUCAGCACUGUACCGUCACUUGAGACUGUUGCUUUCCUCAAAGGGCUCUCCGUCUGGGAUGGCUGCAUUCUAGUUACAGCACGCUCUUAUUAUGAAAGCUAAACUCUAAUUAGCUAAUCCUGGGCUUUAGUUUAUAGCUACUUAUACUUUGUCUAUCUACUGUUUAUUGAUGAAUGUUUUGGGUCUUUUUUUAUGAUAAUCUAUUAUUUUUCAUGUUGUGUUUAUUUUUAUUUUUUUUAAUGAUUUCUAAGCCUGCUUAUAUGCUUUUGUAAAUCGGUUUAUGGUAGUACUAUUACUGUGGGUUGUUUAUGUGUAAUCUCAUUUAUCUCCAUAGAAAUGGAGGCAGAGGCAGUAAUGGAUACUCAGGCUAUCCUGUUAGGAAACAAGACAAAUGUGGACAAGGUAGAAAUGUGGAACAUAAAAGGACAAUAUAGUUCGGAAUCACAAGUUUUUGCCUUCGUUCUCUCAUCUUGCUGUUUCCAGCAAACAACUGUAGGCUACAUUUGACUGUGAUACUUGUGAAAAUAUCUGGGUGACCACCAGUACUGAAACUGAUAUUUGUGACUGUGAAUGACUUCAUGUAUACAAAUAAAACAGUGCAUAACCACUA